AUGGGUGUCCCGGCCUUGGUCGGCUUGAUAUGUCCGUUGGGUUGGCCUACUCAUGAACUAAGCCUUCCCCCAUUCUUCCCGCCUAGCUCUGUCUCCUUGCUUCUGCCGGUCCCUCACUUCGCCGAGCUAGUAGAUUCCACGACUUUAUGGAUAGCCAAGCCUCGCGGCCCUUUGCUCGUCCGUGCGGGCAAGCCAGUCGUUGCCGCCGGCCCCGCUAGCCCUCGUUCUCGCUAUGUUGUUAGGGUGCAAUAG